AUGGUUUCAAACUCAGUGCUAAAGAAAAAUCGAGUAUGCAUUUACUUAUAUCAGACGUUUGGAUUGCCUUGGCGGUAAUUUUGCUCACUGUGGCAGUAUGUUUUCCCGUUUGGAAAUUUUACAAAAAGCGAAAGGAGUUGGCGAAAGCUGUGGAUGCAUUUCCUGGUCCGAGAUGGUAUCCUCUAAUUGGGACUAGCUUGGAAUUAGUUAUGACGUCAAGAGAAGAAAGAUGGAACCUAAUUAAAAAAUGGUAUCAAGAGUACCCUCGUGUGAUGCGAAUGUGGAUAGGAUUUAAACCCAUGAUCCAACUUUCAAAGCCUGAACAUCUUGAGAUCAUAUUUAAAAGUCAUGUCAAUAUAAACAAGGGAAUGACAUACCAGUACUUGAUGCCAUGGUUAGGGGGAGGAUUAAUUACUGCCGCAGGUGAGAAAUGGAAAGAACACAGGAGACUUUUGACUCCCGCCUUCCACUUUAAAAUUUUGGAUAAGUAUUCGGAAAUAUUUUCUGAAAAAGCUAGAGAAUUAGUGGAAAUAUUUAAAGAAAAAGUUAAUGCAGGACAUUUUGACGCCAGUCCAUAUUUUACCAGAUGCGCGUUAGAUAUUAUCUCAGAAACUGCCAUGGGUGUCAAAUUCAAUUCCCUAAAAGAUCCAACUUCUGAUUAUGCCAAUGCUAUUUUUGGGUUGUGUGAAAUAGUGGCUAUUCGAGAAAGCAAUCCAUUCUACGCUAUUGACAUAAUUUUCAACUGUAGCAACGAUGGAAAAAGAUAUUACAAAUAUUUGAAAACAAUUCAGGAAACCACGUAUAAGAUAGUAUCCGAUCGCCGAAAGAAAUUUCAGAAACAUGGAACUGAACAAAACGUCGAUGAACUUGGCAGAAAAGAGAAGCUAACGUUUUUGGAUAUUCUGCUGGUCAAUGAACAAGAAAACAAAUUUACGGAUAAAGAAAUUGCCGAUGAAGUGAACACUUUUAUGUUUACUGGUCAAGAUACUACUGCCUCUACAGUAAUGUAUACGCUUCUGGCUUUAGGAAAUUACAUGGAUAUUCAGGCUAAAGUACAAGAAGAGCUAGACAACAUAUUCAACGGUGAAGACAGGUCUAUUACCCCACAGGAUAUUGCGGAGAUGGAAUACUUAGACAGAGUCAUCAAAGAAACCUUAAGAAAGUUUACGUUCGUUCCUGGUGUUGCUAGAGUUUUGGAUAAAGAUAUUGUAAUCGAUGGACAACGUAUACCAGCAGAUGUAAGUCUUCUGCUGUCACUAUAUAAAUUGCACCACGAUCCCGAUUAUUGGCCAGAUCCAGACCGUUUUGAUCCUGACCGCUUUCUACCCGACGCUGCCUCUAAAAGACACCCUUAUGCAUUCGCGCCAUUCAGCGCUGGUUCGCGAAAUUGCAUUGGCCAAAAAUUUGGAACAAGAAACAGCAAGACCAUAUUAGCAGCAAUUCUGAGAAAAUUUAAAGUUAAGUGUUUAGAAGAUCCAGAAACCCUUCAGGAAUAUACUGAGAUAGUGCUUCGGCCACAGAAUGGACUUCACUUGGAAUUGGAAUUAAGGAAGUAAAACUAGUUUUUUUAAUAAUAAAAAAAAAUUGAUUUGAUUGAUAUUUCAAAAGCCACAUAGCAUUAGACAAAUUGAUAAUAUAAAUUACUUUAAUUCCUUCAUUUGUACUGAUUUAUAUUAUUAUAAUUUAAAGAAAAUAAUUAAAUAAAUAAUAAU